GUGCGGGCGGCGCGCAUGCUCACGUCGCGGCCCUGGCUCCGCUUUGUGGGUGGGCUUAGGGGCGGAGCGGGGACGGGAGUCCAGCGGCAGAGCCUCAAGUCGUGGGCGUCGCGGUGGCCGCAAUCCUCCACUGUGCGGGAGAUGGAGUCGAUGACCGCCCCUCCCGACAACGCGGAGCGGCUGGGGGCCCCGGCGGGCUCGGGUCUGUCGGCUUCCCAGCGUCGCGCUGAGCUGCGGCGGAGAAAACUGCUGAUGAACUCGGAGCAGCGCAUCAACCGGAUCAUGGGCUUCCACAGGCCCGCGGAAGAAGAAAGUCAAAUAAAUUCAAAGUCACAGGACAUCGAUAAACUCAGCUCCCUCAACAUUCCUUCUGUUUCCAAGCGGGUAGUGCUGGGCGAUUCGGUGAGUACAGGCACUCCAGAGCAGCAGAGUGGAGUGGCCGAGGUGAUGGGAACUCCGCUGGGAGAUAAACUGGAUUCGUUGAUGAAACCUCCUGAGUGCAGUAACGAUAUCAACCUGGAGCUGCGGCAGCGCGGCAGAGGGGAACUGACGGCUGAUGCUGGCCAGAGGGGUUCGCGCCACGGCCUCGAACAGUAUCUCUCCAGAUUUGAGGAAGCAAUGAAGCUAAGGAAACAGCUGAUCAGUGAAAAACCCAGUCAAGAGGAUGGAAACGCAUCGGAAGAAUUUGACUCUUUUCGAAUAUUUAGGUUGGUGGGAUGUGCUCUGCUUGCCCUCGGAGUCAGAGCCUUUGUCUGCAAAUAUUUGUCCAUCUUUGCGCCAUUUCUUACAUUACAACUUGCGUACAUGGGACUAUACAAAUAUUUUCCCAAGGGAGAAAAGAAGGUAAAGACAACAGUACUCACAGCUGCACUGCUGUUAUCUGGAAUUCCUGCCGAAGUGAUCAAUCGUUCCAUGGAUACCUAUAGCAAAAUGGGCGAAGUUUUCACAGAUCUCUGUGUCUACUUUUUCACUUUUAUCUUUUGUCACGAACUGCUUGAUUAUUGGGGCUCAGAGGUGCCGUGACACCUGCGGAAUUCCGAAGCAGCUAACAGGGCGGGGAUAAGGCUCAGUGUGGAGCAUUUGCCUUCCCUCUGUGAGGCCCCAGGCUUCAUCCCUGGCACUGCCAAAAAUAAAAACAACAAAAGAAACCCAUUAAAAACCCCAGUCUUUUUCUGAAGUGUCUCUAAAGGAGGCAGAUUGGUUUACACCUUCAUAUUUAAACCUUUACUUAAUAGAAGUUGUAAAACGACUUGAUCAGUGGCAGGUUCCCUGAUUUAGGAGGGUUCCUCUGUAUUGAUACCAGUGCCAUUAAUUGAGCUUUUUCUUGUUUAGUUGGAAUUCCUAGCCCCACUUGACCUUUCAUACUUGCUUCAAUUUGUAAUUCUUGUUUAGGGGCUGAGCUUGUACAUUUAAGGAGAGCAGACGAGCAUGGUCUCAGCCAUCAAGGACAGCAUCUUGAAUAUUUGUUGUUUUAUGCUAAGAAAUUGAGCUAUCUUAUAAUGAGAGAAACUUGUAUAUAAACAAGUCUGCACAUUCUAACUUACAAGGGCUGAAUAAGAUAGGCAAUUUUGUUUCCUUGUCUUAAUUUUUACUGUAGUUGAAGUAUUUAAUGAAAAAAUGAUUAAUAUUCAUUUUUGUGAAAUUAGAGGAUCUAUAUUGAGAUCUUUAUUUUUGUUUUGGAGCCACACCUAAGCAGUGUGCAGAGACUAUUCUUGGCUUUAUUAUUUUUUUUCUUUUUGGCUUUUUGGGUCACACCUGGCAAUGCUCCUGGGUUACUCCUGUCUCUGCACUCAGUAACUGGUGUUGCUCAGGGGACCAUAUGGGAUGCUGGGUAUCAAACCCGGCUCAGCCGUGUGCAAGACAAAUGCCCUACCCACUAUACUAUAACUCUGGCCCUCCUCUUGGCUUCUUGAGCAGGAGUCACUCUUGGUGGUGCUUGUGGGACCACGUAGUGCUGGGGAUCAAAUCUGGGCCUCCUCGAUGCAAAACAUGCACUUCCGCCCAAUGAGCUCUCUCUCGGGCCCUUUAUUUUAUCUUGUUUGUGGAGUUUUCUAAUUACCAAACGCAGAAUUGGUAUUUUCACUUUUGAGUUAAAAAUUUUAACAAGUAUAUUUUAUAAGCAUCUAGAAUAGAAUGAUUAGACAUAAAAGUGGGAUUUGAAAUACUUAGGUAUGCAGACAAGUAACUAUAAAAACCUGUUGAAAUAAACACUCAUAUUUGGACGUGUUUCCUUAAAACAUAUGAAGCAUAAGUUUUAUGUCCUUGGUGUUACAUAUCCUUAUAGGUUUUUGUAUGGUAUCCUUUUUAUUUGGUUAAUCCUUGUGACAUUAAAAGCAUAUGUACUUUUAUUUAAUAGUCACAAAAAUCUUGAUUUUUGUCAUUUUAUUUUGAACCAAAAUUGUGGAGAAUAAGUAUAAUAACUUCUGACUUUCAUACUGGUUUUCUGAGUCCAUAAUGAAUCUGGUAUCAAAAGAUUGGAAAGAGUUC